AUGAGACGAUGGGGUUUGUCUAAUAUUAUUGCAUCAACAACACCAAUUACACGCACAUCCUCAACAACUUUUUUUACUGAUGGUGUUUUGAAUUCAUCUUCUGUCAAUGUUGAUUUUGUUUCAAAUCCAGAUGCAUGGGAACGUGAAUUUUUUGAUCAUAUGUUUCGUUUACAGGAUUUGUUGUCACAAAAAAAUCCUGACUAUGAUACAAUUCAAGAUGUAUUUUUUACAUUUAAUGUUAUGACUCAUUUAUUGAUGUUAGAAGUAAAUUCUCAACCAAAAACUACUAUAGGAACAAUUCUUGAUAGUUGUUUUAGUAAUGAAAUUUUUAUUAAAUUACAAAAUUGGGCUGAAAAUGUUUCAGAAAGUUAUCAUAUGGCAUGUCAAGUUAAUUUAGUUAAAGCAUAUGAUUCUAUGUUGUCAAAUUCAAAUAGACAUAGCCAUUGUGUUUUAGUUCAUAAACCAAUUUUAUUACCAUUAUUAAGACUUUUACAUUGGUGUAAUGAAACUGUUGAAGAAAGAAAUCAUGUUCCUUGUGGUAUUGAUAAAGAUUUUGUAGUACUUUUAAAUCAAAUAUCAAGAAAGAUGUCUCAAGACAUUACAUUAUUACAUUUUUUAUUUAAUUUUAAUGAAGAUACUUCAACUAAUGAUGGAGGAAAUGGUGUUGAUUUGAUGAAUACAUCUUUUGGUUCAUUUAAAUCAACAUCUUCUAAUGAUAGUUCAAAUCGUUUUCUUGUUUUUUCACUUCUUAUACCAUAUUUGUAUGGGCCUGGAGAUAUUGGUCAAUUAGCUAAAGAUUCUGUUUUAUCUAUUUUGGCUGUAUCAGCAAAUUUUCCAGCUGUUGCUAGUUAUAUAACAAAAAAAACAUCUUUUUGUCAAGUUUUAUCUGGUGGUUUAUGUGGUUUAUAUUCACUUUUACCAAGACAUAUAAGUGCUGCAUUACAAGUUAACCAAAAUUGGCAUAAAUUAAUAAUACCAAAUGAUAUUUUAUUGUUAUCCUCAUUAACAGAUUUACAUGAUUCAUUGAUAUUUUUAAAUGCUAUAGUUGAAGUUAGUCAUCCAAUGAUUAAAAUGGAAAUUGUAAAUAAUUUUUAUAAAGGACUUUUAGUUGAAGUUAUGAAACCUGGUUUUAUUCAAGAUGAAGUUUUAAUUCAUUCAUUAUUAAAAUUAUUAUUACGUGAAGAAUGGAAAGGAAAUGAGAUGGCAAAUUUAUGUAAUUCAUAUAAUUUAAAUGAUAGUAAUUAUGGUUGUGAAAAAUUAAGUAUAUUAGAUUUAAUAUUAGUUAGAAUGAGAGAAAAUGAUAGAUUAACUAAUGUUGUUUUGUCAUUUAUUUAUACAUUAUUAAAUCUUGUUUGUGAGGAUGUAAUGUGGAAUCAGGUAUUUAGAUAUAUAAUUACUAAAGUUUAUAUUUCUAAUUCUGUUACUGAUUUUGAUUCUAAAAAAUCAAUUCUUUCUGCUGAACAGUACUUAUCUUUUAUACCAUUUUGUAUUAAAAAUUUAGGAUUAGAUGAAAAUGAUGAAAAUAAUUUAAUUUCUAAAGGACCUUUAUCAAGGCAUUGUUUAUCUUCAAAAAUUGAAAUUAUUGAAGUAUCUAUUGCAUGUUUAUCAUGGAAAUGGCCUUAUGAUGGAAGAUUACCAAAUAAAUUUUUAAAUGAUACAUGUGAUUCACCACCACCACCAUCAAUUGGUAGUAGUAAUUUUACAAGAUUUGGUUCUGCAAGGAGUAGUUUAAUAUCAUCUACAGGUGGUAAUAGAUAUUUCAAUAAUUUUAAUAGAAGUGCGCAUACUACAUUAGAUACACAAGGUUUUUUGGAUGUUAUUGGAAAUAGUAAACUUAAUGAACUUGGUGAAGAAGAUGAAGAUGAGUUUAGUGAUGAAGAGGCUAAAUUUAAUAGAAUGCUAGAGGGAAUUGAUGAUGGUGAUGAAGAUGGUUUUUUACCAUUACCACCAAAUGAUAGUCAAUUUGAUCAAAUGACACAAAGUCAUAUGGAAUAUCUUCAUUUAACGUAUGAUGAUUUAUCUGAUGAUGAAAAUGAAGAUAAGAUAAAUGAUGUACAAAAAGUUACUGAAUAUCAAGUUCCAAUAAAUUAUGAAGAGAUAGAAAAAAAGAUAGAAAAUGUCCGUAGUAAUAUAAUAGAAAAAUUAAAUUUUUCAGAAAAAUGUAGUACUAAUGAAUUUUUAGAUAAAUUAAAAGAAAUUAAUUCACCACAAAAUAAAAAAAAAGAAUCUAAAUUACAAUAUUUAAAAGAAAUUCAAGCUGAAAAUGAGGAAGAAAAAGAAGAAACAGAUAUUGAUGAUACAAUAACAUCACCAAAUAUAAAUUUAAAUUUAAACUUAUUAAAUGAUAUAGAUAGCAAAGAAAAAUUUACUGGUAUACCAAUAGAAUUACCAUAUAGUUGUCAUGAUCCUAAUGAUUAUGGUUUAUUAUUAAAUAGAUUAUUUGAUUUACUUGAAUCAUUAGUUGAAAAUAAUUAUACAACAAAUCUUCUUUUAAUAGCUGUAUUAAGAUCAUUAUUAUCAUUUCCUCAACCAAUAUUAAGAGCAUUUAUGUUAUAUCCAAGUAAAAAUCCUGCCAAUUUAUCACCAAUACUACAUAUAUUUAAUUCACUUAAAGCUAAAAUUGAUCAUUUUGCUCAAGAAAUUGAUGGUUUUGAUAUUUUAUAUAUUAGAGCAUUAAAACAUUUAAAUAAAAAAGCUGAAAUGUAUGAAAGAAAUUUAAAGGAUAAUGGUAAAGAAUCAAUAUCUAGGAAAACUUCAUCUCGUAAAUCAAGUCGAUUUUCAAAUCUUUUCCGUUUUGGUAGAAAAUCAUCAACUGAAAGAAAAGCAAAUGAAGAUGAAAUUGAUGAUUCAGACUUUGAAACAUCCCGUUCAGGAAGAUCAAAUUCUAGUUUUUCUACAACAUUUGACAUAACAUCAAAUAAUCAAAGAUCUUCUAACAAUUCAUUAGCCGUUUACAAAUAUUUUUCACAUAAAGCUUUAGAAUCUAAAGCUAAUACAGAAGAUGCUUCACAUAAUAAACGAGUUGUUUAUGCAGCUAUCUGUAUGACAGAAAUGGCACAAAUGUUUGCGGCAUUUAGUUUAGAGCAUUCUAUAACUAUUUGUGAUGCUGUCAGUAAAUAUAUUAAAUAA